CCGGUGCUGCCGGGCCGCCGUCGGUCCGUGCGGGGGCGCUGCGGGCGGCAAUGCGCCGGGCUAUGGCGGUGUUCGUGACGCGGCGGAUCCCCGCACAGGGAAUGCGGGUCCUGUCGGAGGCGAAGGGAUGCUGCGUGCAGCAGUGGGACUCGGAUGAGCCCGUCCCGAGGAACGAGCUGCUGUUGGGGGUCGCGGGGAAGCAGGGGCUGCUGUGCCUCCUGUCCGACCGUAUCGACGCCGAGGUGCUGGAUGCCGCUGGGCCGAGCCUGAAAGUCAUCAGCACCAUGUCCGUGGGGUUCGACCACCUCGCCCUGGACGAGAUCAAGAAGCGGGGGAUCCGCGUGGGGUACACCCCUGACGUCCUCACCGAUGCCACCGCGGAGCUGUCGGUGGCUCUGCUCCUCACUACGUGCCGGCGGCUGCCCGAGGCGGUGGAAGAGGUGAAGACCGGUGGCUGGACAACCUGGAAGCCCUUGUGGAUGUGUGGCUAUGGGCUGUCUGGUAGUACGGUGGGCAUCAUAGGUCUGGGAAGAAUAGGGCAGGCGGUUGCUCGCCGUCUGAAGCCAUUUGGGGUCAAGAACUUCUUGUACACUGGAAGUCGCCCAAAACCAGAGAAUGCUGCAGAGUUCCAAGCUGAGUUUGUCCCACUCACAAAGCUGGCCGAGGAGUCGGACUUUGUCAUCGUGACGUGUGCUUUGACUCCCAGCACCCAGGGAAUGUGCAACAAGAAUUUCUUCAGCAGGAUGAAGAAGACUUCUGUGUUCAUCAACACGAGCAGAGGGGCUGUGGUGAACCAAGAAGAUUUGUAUGAUGCAUUAGUCAGUGGCCAAAUUGCAGCUGCAGGCCUGGAUGUCACAACGCCGGAGCCACUGCCCACCGACCACCCUCUGCUCAAACUCAAGAACUGUGUGAUCCUGCCACACAUCGGGAGUGCCACCUAUGCGACACGGAGCACCAUGGCUGUGCUGGCUGCUGACAACCUGCUGGCUGGCCUGCGGGGCGAGCCUAUGCCCCACGAGCUGCUGCUGUGAGGGCUGGACCAGCAUCACCACCAGGUCACCGUGAGGGAUGCAGCAUCGUGUGCCAGCCUGGGGUAGUGGGCAGGUGGGUCCUGUGCCCCUGCUCUGCAAGUGAGGAGUCAACAGCAUCCAUGGCAAGAGAACUGCACCAUAGCAAUUAAAGAGAAGCAGUGACA